UCUCAUUGGCUGUGGAGUCACCUCCCCCAGGCAGGAUGCCAGGCCUCAGGGAAAGAGCUGUGUUUCCAGUGGAGACUGUCUGCCCAGGCACUAGUAGCGAUGGUACCUGUCCUGCUGUCCUUGCCCCUCCUUCUGGGUCCUACAGUCCUUCAGGAGACUGGGACGUAUUCUCUGAUCUUCCUCUACACUGGGCUGUCCAGGCCCAGCAAAGGCAGCCCCAGGUUUCAAGCCACCGCGUUUCUCAAUGACCAGGCCUUCUUCCACUACAACAGCAACAGCGGGAAGGCAGAGCCUGUGGGAGCGUGGAGCCAGGUGGAAGGAAUGGAGGACUGGGAGAAGGAGAGCCACCUUCAGAGGGCCAGGGAGGAGAUCUUCCUCAUGACCCUGAAAGACAUCAUGGACUAUUACAAGGACAGUGCAGGGUCUCACACCUUUCAGGGAAUGUUCGGUUGUGAGAUCUCGAACAACCGAAGCAGUGGAGCAUUCUGGAGGUACGCCUACGACGGGGAGGAUUUCAUCGAAUUCAACAGAGAAAUCCCGGCCUGGAUCCCCUUAGACCCAGCAGCUUCAAACACCAAGCUGAAGUGGGAGGAAGAAAAAGUUUACACACAGCGAGCCAAGGCAUACCUGGAGGAGGAGUGCCCAGCAAUGCUGAAGAGGUACCUGAACUACAGCAGAUCUCACCUGGACCGAAAAGCUCCACCGACUGUGACAAUCACCAGCCAUGCAGCCCCAGGAAGAAAGAGGAUAUUCAGAUGCCUGGCCUAUGACUUCUACCCACAAAGAAUUAGUCUGCGCUGGAACCGGGCCAGCAAGAUGAUGGCAUCGGGUCCAGGACAAGGAGUUUUUCCCAAUGGAAAUGGCACUUACCUCUCCUGGGUGGAGGUGGAAGUCCCCCCACAGGACAGAGACCCCUACUUCUGCCACAUAGAACACAAUGGGGCGUCCCAAUCGCUCUCAGUGCAGUGGGAUGAGACAAAGAGAGCAAAAGCUGAAAGCCAAGUAGUGGCUCUGCCUCAGUAAAUUACCUUCUCUGCCUGACAUGAACUUCAGAAGUCAGCGGCACCAACGAGGUCUGCCAUGGGCAGCUGUACAGCAGCCAGCAAGAACCCGAGGAACAGGCGCGGGGCCGGACGACUUGGAUGCCAAGCACUGAGUCCACUCUCGGUGUCAAAGCACCUUGCCUUGUAAAACCCCUCAUUGAUUAAUCCGUAAACCUUCACAAUUAUUCUAGCACAGCACAGAAAGGCAUUCUAAACCCUGAGAUGUUAUCAAAGUGACGUGACUUGAUCAUGCAUCCUGCCCCGCAUAUUUGAUUCACGUGGAUGUUUUCAUAUGCACACAAAGAUGCUGUCCUAAUAUUUCUGGUGAUGUGAGAAAAUGUCCUGACGAAGGCAGCUUUAAGAGAGAAAAGGGUGUAUCAGACUUACACUUGCAGGUCUCUGUUGUGUGACUCUAUUCUCGGGAAGACAUGAACAAACAUCUGCUACCCAGUUAGGGAACCAACUACAGAUCAAAGUGAAGGGGUUGAAUUAGCGGAACUAACUCUGUGUUGUUUCUCAGACUCCAUCCAAGGUUAGCUUGUCCCUGGAGUACCUUGGUUCCCAGUCUUAAGAUCUGAGAGAGAGAAAAAAAAAAAAAGACUGUUCUCAUCAGCUUGCAGCUAGACACAGCAACUGAGGCAGACUGAUAAAGACAGGGUCUGUAAAGAAAACGUAAGUUGUUCCCAAGGUCGCAGUGUUCUUCUUGGCAAGCUGUUCCUCUCUGUGGUUUGGCCAGAUGCUGUCAACCAACUAGGUCAAAGUGCAUUUCAUUCCUUCACCUUUUGUCCAAUCAUGUAACACCAAAGCUUGGAGGUCCCUGCUUGCGGUUCUUCCCUUUAAAAACCCUGUCUCCCUGUCGCUCUCCCAACCUGCUGUGUCAGGAAGGAUUGCAACCCAGGCUCGAGCUUCUAAUAAAAAUGUUCUCUUGCGUUUGCAUCA